AGUAUAGUAAUCAUAACUAAAUAAAAAACUACAAGACACAAUUCGAAAAUUCAAUUCAAACUUUAAUUACCUCAGCAAGAAUGCCUUUAAAAUUCUGUAGUAAUAUUUCAUUUAUGUUUACGGAAAGUUCGAAUAUAUUAGAACGAUAUGCUUUAGCAAAAUCUGCGGGUUUUAAAGCUGUGGAAGGUGCUUAUCCUUCUGGACCAACUAAAGAUGAAAUUGUUGCAGCUAAAAAGAAAGCUAAUGUACAGCAAGCUUUGUUGAAUAUGUAUGUUGCCGAUGGUUAUUUUGGAUACACCGCACUUCCAGGUAAAGAAAAUGAAUUUCGCGAGGCUCUUGCUAAAACAGUAGAACUUGCAAAAGCACUUGAAUGUCCAAAAAUACAUAUAACGGCUGGUACAGUGAAGGAUACACCAGUGACAGACAUACAUCACCAAACAUAUGAAAAGAAUCUAAUUUACGCUGAACAAAUAUUAUCAAAAGAAAACAUCCUUGGAGUUAUUGAACCAAUUAAUAAAUAUUCAUUACCUAAUUAUUAUUUAAAUGAUUAUGAUAGAGCUGUGGCUUUAAUUAAAAAAAUUAAUAGCAAGCACAUCAAAUUACAAUUGGAUAUCUUCCAUUUACAACAUAUACGUGGUGAUUUAACCAAUAGUAUUAAAACAUUCCUACCACAUACUGGACAUAUACAAAUUGCACAAGUACCUGGCAGAGGUGAACCAAAUACAUUUGGUGAGAUUAAUUAUAAAUAUAUUUUGGAAUUGAUUGAAAAAGAAGGCUAUAACGAUUGGAUUGGUUUGGAAUAUAAACCAACGGCUGCAGGACUCAAUUGGAUUCAAGAGUAUGGCUAUUCUUUAUAACGACUUUGAUAAAAUUUUAUUAACUGAUUAUACCUCGUUAUGGAUUUAAAUGUUGUUAAUCAUUUUAUAUAGAAUUUUAUAAUUUAUUCAUGUUACAGUUUCAGUUAUGU